GCGGUUGCCGCGCGAAGAAGCGAACGCGUUCUUUUGUUUUUCGUUUCGAUCGGCGGUUAUAUUAUGGUUCCGAUAUUCGGAAUCAUGGCGGUGUAGUGUGUGUGCCGUUCGCGAAUCGAAAUUAUCGCGCGUCGCGUGAAGUUUGUGCGUUACAUGUGAACGUGACCGCGUAAAGAGAGAGAGAGCCCACCCCUUUAGCGUGUCGGCCAUGGCCGAGAAUCGGGGCGCUUGGGGCGCGAGGGACGAGGAUAUAUGGUGGGAUCAGCAGCAGUUGCAGCAGCAACAGCAACAAAUCAUGCAACAGCAAAUCCAGCAGCAGCGGCAGCAGCAGAUCGAGGCGGCAUGUAGUUCCGCGUCAAAUUCGCAACAGCAGCAGUUGUUCACGUACAAAAUGGCCAACAGUUUUCAAAAUUCGGCGACGAACAAUGCGUCGGAUAACGGUUCGGCGGCGGGCGUUCGCGGCGGCUACGAUUACGCCGCCGCCCCCGCGUCGCAAUGGUGGUACCCGCCGCCUUCGAGCGUGGACAAUAUGCAGAGCACGCUGCAAAGUUUACAGAAUAGCAUGCAGCACGCGAUCCAGCAGCAGCAGCAAAACAUGCCACCUGUACAUAGUUCCCCUUCUGCUUCAGCGCAAACGGAAGCCCAGUCCCAGCAAGACGAAGUACAGAGGCAGCAGCAGGAAGUGAGCCGACAGCACCAGGAGGCUGUACAGCGGCACCAGGAGGCGCAGAGGCAGCAGCAGGAGGCGCACCGCCAGCACCAGGAAGCGAUCCACCAGCAUCACCAGGCGAUCGCGGAGGCUCAAGUCAGACAGCACCAGCUCCAACAGCAGACGCAACAGUUGCAACACCAGUUGCAGCAACAGUUGUUGAACAACCACCACCACCACCAGGUACUGCAGCACCAGCAGCAACUGACGCAGCAGCCGAAAGGGAGGAUGCCCAGGGGAAGCAAGGCAGACGCGAGGCCCAGGGGCCGGAUGACCGCUUACGCGUUCUUCGUGCAGACCUGCAGGGAGGAGCACAAGAAGAAACAUCCCGAGGAGAACGUCGUGUUCGCGGAAUUCUCGAAAAAGUGCGCAGAGAGGUGGAAGACCAUGUCGGACAAGGAGAAGAAGCGUUUCCACGAGAUGGCGGAGAACGACAAGAAGCGCUACGACACCGAGAUGCAGAGCUACACGCCCCCCAAGGGUGAAAAGCAGAGGGGCAAGAAGCGGAAGCAGAUCAAGGACCCUAACGCGCCCAAAAGAUCCUUGUCCGCGUUCUUUUGGUUCAGCAAUGACGAACGUGGUAAAGUGAAGGCCCAAAAUCCGGAAUACGGCGUGGGCGACAUCGCCAAAGAGUUGGGCAGAAGGUGGGCCGAAGCCGAUCCCGAGAUGAGAUCGAAGUAUGAGGCGUUGGCCGACCAAGACAAAGCGAGAUACGAAAAGGAAAUGACGGCUUACAAAAAGAGAAACGAUCCGGCUUUGCAACAGCAAGCACCCGUACCUGAAGAAGAUCCCGAGGAGGACGAAGAAGGAGCGGAAGAUGAUGAGGAUGAGUAAACCCCUCCGGUCCGAGCAUCGACGUACGUCUUUGCGCGCAGAGAGAGAAAGAGAGUAGUCCCGCCUUCUCAUUCCUCUAUUGUAAAUAUACAUUUACUAAUUUAGCAGUGUAUUCGGUUUUUUUUUUUGUUUCUCCGUUCGUUUACCCUAAUCAGUGUGUACUUACAAAAUGACAGCGUGCGAGAGGGAGAGAGAGCGUGAGAGAGAAAGAGAGAGAGAGAGAGAACGAGAGAGAGCGACGCGGCUACGAAGAGAGAGCGCUUUUGUUUGUAAAUCGUCAACUAUCAGGUUUUUUUUAUAUAUAUAUAAAUAUAGUGUUUAGUGAAUAAGUUUUUCUCGCACUGUCCUGUGAAGAUGGUGUGCCCCACGGGUUUUUAAUUAAUUUUUCAGUUUUUCCUCUGUCUCGGUUUGUCGCUCGGAAGGGACCCCGUACGAAGUUGAUGAAAUUUUAGUAUAUUAAUGAUAUUAAUAAUAAUAAUAAUAAUUAACAUCCAGAGUAGACCAACGUUUCGGCCAUUUUUAAUUUAUUUGAUCUGCCCAAAAAUGAUCGAAGCUAAAAAAUGUUUGAAAUUCAAGUUCACCAAAAAAAAAGCUGCAAUUCGGAAAAAAAAAGAAUUUUUUCUAAGCAUUUUUUUUUUCAUUUCGAAACCGAAAAUAAGUUCGAAGGUCACUUAAUUUGCGGAAAAGGACUGUUAAAAAAGCUCUUGAUUGUUUUAAAAAAAGUUUCGAAAAUGAUUUUUUUUCUAUUAUUACUUUAUAAAGUGCCCGUAAACUUUUUUUUUUCAAUAAAAAUCAGCUGGACAGGAAAAAUAAUCUUACCGUUUUAACGUGGCAAAGGUCAUUUCUAUAGUUCGUUCUGUUUUCGCUACGGGGUGGGUUAGAAAAGAACGACGGUUUAAAAAUAAAAAAUGUUUUAUAUAUGUUUUUUUUCAAUUUCUAAACAACGGUAAUUUAAUUUUUGUUGUAGAAUUUCACAUAACUUACUAAGUAACGACAACGAUUAAUUACCGCUAAUAUGAGAAAAAAAGGGUUAAAAACAAAAAUAUAUUUAUUUAUAUUUAUACCUGGUGAGUAACGACAAUAAUUGUUAAAUUAAAUAUGGUGGAAAAUGGUUCAGAAACCAAACAGAAUAUUGUGUUUGUAAAUUUUUGUGAUGCAAUUUCACAUAACUUAUAUGUAUCAAUAAUAUUUUAAAAAAGGUUUAACGAAAACAAAUUUGUAAUUUUUUUCAAUUUCUCAAAAACAGUAAGUUAUUUUUAUUAUACAUUUUCACAUAAGUUGUAUUAUAUAUAAAUACAUAAUAUGAGCAAAAAUAAAGUUUAAAAAUAACAAUUUCUCAAAAAAAUGUCAUUUUUUGCCAUACAAUUUCAUAUAACUAAUUGAAAAAAAGGUUUCAAAAGAACAAAAAUAAAUAGUUUCCCAAAAAUAAGUUAAUUUUUAUGAUACAAUUUCGCAUAAGUUUUGAAAAUAUUGUGAAAUACGUUAUUUUUAAUAUUUUUGGAAAUUUUCUAAUCAUUCACUGUCACCAAUUUAAAAAAAACUUUUUUUUGGAAAUAAUUUUUUUAAAAACAAUUUUUUAUUUUUCAACGCCUCUCGUAGUAAAAAUAGUACUGUAAGAUUUUUUUACCCAAAGAAAUACCGGAUUUUUGAGAACGAUAUUUCCAAAAUUUGUACUGUCUUCGGUUUUUAUUUUUUCCCUCUCUCUCUCGCGGAGGUACACGCAAAACCUUGAUGGAUAAUAUACUAAAAUUUCUCGUACCAUACGUCACGAGCGAAGCGGAUAAAUUUUUUUACAGCUAAAGCUGACUGUCCCAGCUCCGCCCCCCGCCCCGUAUUUAUUUUGUAAGCGAACGCGCCGUUGCCAAUUUUGCGAAGCGAUUUAAUUGGAAAACGGGGGUUAUUUUCGUGCGCCCUUGGCGAGAGUAGUAGUUUCGCAAAAUCGCGAUAGGGGGCGCUCCCGUUUAUUUAUUUUUUUAUGUAUUACCUCAGUGUGUGCUUCCCAGCGCUUUCAGGACACGAGUCGUAAAGUUGGCAACGGUGUUUAGGUAAUUUCUAAUCGUAAUUUUAAAACAGAUUUCCCCGUGUAAAAGGGACCCUAUGAUUGAAAAGCAGAGCACAUUCUCCCUCGGCAAGAAACGGGCCGUCGAACCGAACGCCAUUUUGAUUUUGCUUUUUUUUUAAUUUUUGAAUUUUAAUUUAAUUGAAAAAAGUUUCCGCGUCGUCGUGAUCGCGAUUGUUUCGACGGCUCGACGGAUAAUACCGAUACGUUAUUAUUAUUAUUUUUUGUAUCAUACGAGGGGGAUGUAAAAUGUUGCAAAUACCUUUCGAUGCGCUCUAUAUUUAAAACGAACGUUUGUAAAGUAAUUUAUUCCCACUCAGGCGAUUUUCUCUCGUCUCCUCAUCGAUAUAUUUGCGUGCGUCCAUGAAAUGGAUUUUUUUUUUUUUGAAAAAAAAAGUGUUUAACGGUUGCUCUGUUUUGUUGUAGGGACGGUUAUAUAGAGAAAAGCAAUGUUUGUUUUUUUAUAAAUCUAGGGAGAAGAAAUCAAUAAAAAUUUUCAUUAAA